AUGGCGUGGUUCGCGAAAUCCAUUGCUAACUCACUCAAGCUCGAUGACGAAGAGGACGACGUUUACCACAAUACGAACCCUAGCUCCAAUACAGACCCAAAUUCAUCCCCACCCGACCCCCAAUCCGGUUCGCCGUCAACUCCCACAGUCAAAGGCGACCUCUCCGAGCUCACCAAAACCCUGUCCCGCCAGUUCUGGGGCGUCGCCUCUUUCCUCGCCCCGCCGCCCGAUCCAACCCAUCCUCCUAACCCGUCCGCACCGCCCCAAUCCGCCGAUCUCGAACCUUCUGAUGAGGACGUCAUCGCGGGAAUUCGCAGCGACUUUGCUGAGAUCGGCGGGAAGUUCAAGAGCGGGAUCUCGAAGCUGUCGAGUAACGUAGCGGUCUCGGAGUUCACUAAGAUCGCUUCGAAUUUGCUUCAGUUUGGAUCGGAGGAGGAGGCUGAGGCAGCUGGGGCUGCUCUUGGAGUGACCCAGGAGGUUCUCGCGUUCGUCAGGAAUGUCUCUAUGCAUCCGGAGACUUGGCUGGAUUUCCCUCUCUCCGAUGACGAAGAUUCAGAUGAUUUUGAAUUGUCUGAUGUCCAACAAGAGCAUGCUCUGGCUGUUGAACGGCUUGCACCUUCAUUGGCUGCUCUCAGGAUUGAACUUUGCCCUGAGCAUAUGAGCGAGGCUCACUUUUGGAUGAUUUACUUUGUGCUCUUGCAUCCUAGACUCAGUAAACAUGAUGCCGAGCUUCUGUCUACACCCAAGAUAGUGGAAGCUAGAGCAAUGUUGUCUUAUGAGUUGAAGAAGGGAGCUAAUGAAAAGCAAGAAUCAGACCCUUCAGGAAGUGGCACUAUUUAUGUGAAAGGAAUUGCUGAUUCCCCAAAAGAACAGCAUCUUUCUGUGCCACCUAGUGUUCAAUCUGACCUAGUGCCUCCCCAUACAUCUACCAUCAGAUCAGCUCCUCAACCAGUGGCAGUUGAUCUUGAGACUGAGAAGCACACAGUUCAGAGUAGUGAGAUCCAAAUUAUUGACAAGCCCGUUAUUGAGGAAGGACCAUUGAAAGAGACGAAAUUUCAACAUCCACUUUCUAAUUCUUCCUCCAAAGUUGCAGAUGAGAAAUAUGAGGAUGAUGCUGAUGAUUGGUUGAAAGAGGGAACUUCAGAGAUAGAUGGUGUUGGGGGAACCUCCAUCCCUAUAGAGAAUGACGAGGAUGUAUCUUUCAGUGAUCUUGAGGAUGAUGAUGGAGAGGCGCCCUCAAGUUACAAGAAGGUCACAUCUGGCUCUGAUUCUUCAACAAAAGACUCAAGAGAUUGGGUUCAGCUAAGCAGAACCUCUGCUGAUUCAGACAAGGACAUCAACUCUGUUGAGAUUAGACAUGCUGGGUCUGAGCAGUUGUUUGUUCCUUCAGGAAGGUUAAGUUUCGUGAGAAACUCGUUCAAGAUCAAGGUUGAAGAUUUUUAUAAGACUAAAACAGAAAAGAAUGUGGCCGCGCUUGUUAAAAGAAGUAUAGAAAAUUUGUAUGUGCUGUUUGAUUGUGUAGAGAAGUUCAGUGAUAGCUGGUGA